AUGAAGUUUACUGCCGCUGCUGCGCUUUUGGCCACCCUUGCCUCCGCCACCCCUACCAACCUCAAGAACGCCAUCGCCCGCCGUGCUGCUACCGAUGCUUGUGACGUUGGUUACUGUACCGAGAACGGUGGUACCACUGGUGGUGCUGCUGGUGAGACUGUCACCGUCACCACUAUCGAUGACCUGACCACUUACGCCGAGAGCGACGACCCCUACACCAUCAUCGUCUCCGGUGCCCUCACCGGUGCCUCCAAGAUCCGUGUUGGCUCUGACAAGACCAUCUACGGCGAGUCCGGCUCCUCCAUCCAGGGUGUUGGUCUUUACGUCAAGGGCGUCAGCAAUGUCAUCCUGCGUAACCUGAAGCUCUCCAAGGUUCUUGCCGAGAACAGCGACGCCAUCGGCAUCCAGGCCUCCACCAACGUCUGGGUUGACCACUGUGACCUGUCCUCCGACCUUGACAACGGCAAGGACUACUACGACGGUCUUCUUGACGUCACCCACGCCUCUGAGUGGGUCACCAUCUCCAACACUUACCUCCAUGACCACUACAAGGCUUCCCUGGUUGGCCACUCCGACAGCAACUCGGAUGAGGACACCGGCACUCUCCACGUCACCUACGCCAACAACUACUUCAAGAACAUCAACUCUCGCCAGCCCUCCGUCCGCUUCGGUACCGUCCACAUCAUCAACAACCUCUGGGAGGGUGCCCUCGGCACUGGUGUCAACACCCGCAUGGGUGCCCAGGUCUUGAUCCAGAGCUCCGCGUUUGUUGACUCCGCCACCAAGGCCGUCGAGUCCGCCGAUUCCGACACCACCGGCUACGCCGUCCUUGACGACGUUGACCUUGGCGGCUCCGAGAACUCUGCCCCCGAGGGUACCCUAACUGCCAGCUCGUUCCCUUACGACACCAUCACGGCUCUUGGCUCCGGCUCCGUGGCGAGCACAAUCCCUGGAACUGCCGGCCAAACCCUUUAA